CACCUCUCCCGCAGGCCGUCAGCGGGAUUCUACAACACGCUUUACGCUCCUUCAACAUCCAUCAAUUCAUUCACUCAGUCAUAGCCAUGCAACGACAAGAGGAACGGAUAUUUAAAAACUGCAAAGGCAAACAACAAAGAAAAGAGGUCACCAGGCAUAAAUUGACAAAUUGGGGCUUAUAUCGUGCUUUCAGGUUGUUUUCUGUUAUGAAAUGGACCAGAGCAUAGCCUAAUGUCGUGUGCUGCUGUCAGUCUGCUGCUGCUGUGGCCGCGUGCAUAUGUGGACAUACUAGUACAUUAGGCCAUUCACCUCGCGAGCUAUUGUCCCCUCCAUCCUCUUCCACUCCAUCCCCUCGCUCGGGGCCAAACUGGCGUGUGCGUCCCUCCCCGGGUAUGUCUCUCCGUCUCUCCGCCAGAUGGGGCGGAAAACAGAAGCCUCUGGAGAGGGAUGUUUCCUUUCUCAGCCGUUUGUCCUACUGGUGGAUUUACAGAGUCGUGUCAGCGGGCCAUAGGAGGGGGCUACAGCUGUCAGACCUGUGUUGCCUUGGCGAUGAGGACUCAGCCCAGAGUUUAUGCUCAGCCCUCCAGCAGCAGCAGCAGCACCGGACGACAGAGGGACGGAGUCAUAGCCAAGAGUCAGGAGAGGAGGAGUCACUGGGUGGAAACACCUCCCACCCAGGUGUUCACCUGUCUGGCCCCGCCCUGCUGUGUCAUCUGUAUGGGUGGCUCCGCCCCUCACUGCUCCAGGUGACCCUGCUGAGGAUGACCUCUGACCUACUGGCCCUCCUGCCCCCUCAGGCCCUCAGGUGUGGUAUUCUCUACUGUGAGAACCAGCCUGUCUUUGAUUGGUCUGGGCUUACCCAUGCCCUGGCACUAUUGGCUGCUGUAGUGUGCCACGCCCUGGUCCAGCAGGUGUGUGAGCGUCACAGCAGGAUGACUGAGGUCAGAGUUCAGACAGCACUGACUGGAGCCUUGUAUAAACAGGCCCUGUCCCGGUGCAGUAUUCCUGGGUGUCUACCCUCCCCUGCCCCAUCGUUAACCCCACUCCGGGCUGACGUUAGACGGUUAGCAGAGCUCCCAGUCUCCCUGUCUGCCCUGUGGUCUUCCUGGGUGCAGGGGACAGUGUGUGUGUGUCUGCUGUGGAGAGAGCUGGGUCCCUCUUCUCUGGCGGGACUGGCUGUAUUGUUACUGCUGGUACCGCUCACCUCUGCUGUACAACGCAGGGCAAGACUAUUACAGAGAAGCCAGGAGAGCAUGAGGGGAGAAAGACAGCAGCUCGUGCAGGAGAUGCUGAACGGAAUCAAAACGGUGAAGUUGUUGGUCUUGGAGGCGUGGUUCCAGUGCAGAGUGGGCAUUGCCAGAGAGAAGGAGCUGGAGACGCUGAGAAUUCUGGGAUUCCUGACGGCCUUCUCCCUAUUGGACCGCGUCUGCGUGCCUUUCCUGGUGUGUGUGUCCAGUUUGGGUGUGUAUGUGCUGGUGGAUGAUGGUAACGUUCUGACAGCGUCUCAGGUGUUCACCUGUGUGUGUCUGUUCACACUGCUACGCUCACCUUUUAACCUACUGCCCUCCCUGGCACUGCACCUCACACAGACCUGGCACUCCCUCUGUUAUCUGGACCACUUCCUCUUCUCACAGGAAGUCUCUCACACAGAGAAUGGCACUCUUUCAGAAAAUGGGGUCAAGAAAAGCUGUCUCGAGGAGCACUCAGAUCGGUGCAGUAAUGAGACCUUGAGAGAGACAGAAGCAAACACUGUACAUCUGCCCAAACAUGGUGUGAGCAGUGUGUGUAUUCGGCUGUAUCUGCAUGUGUGUGGCUUGGGCUGGGUGUUGUUGACUGUAUUAUCCCAGGUGUGUGUUUGUGUGGUGGGUGUGUGUCAGACCGGUCUGUUAGCCGUGUGGACCAGACAGGCUAAAGAACUACAGGGGCUGGAGGAGUGGAGAGAACUACGAGACUCACGACUAUCUGUCUACGCUGUACUGGGGCUGCUGCAAGCUCUGUCCGUGUGCUGUGUAGCAUUAGCAGUAACUGGUGGUUCUCUGAAGGCGUCUGCCAGUCUCCACUCUGAGCUGCUCUUUGCUCGGCUCCGCCUUCCUCUCAGAUUCUACCAGAUCACGCCCUCUUCUCUGGUCCUGCGCAGCCUAUCACAGGAGAUAUACGUGAUUGACGAGCUAGUCCCCGCCAACCUCCUCUCUUGGCUCUCCUGUGGGCUGCAGGUGUUUGUGACAGUGCUGCUGAUUGUCUACAUCUCCCCUCUCUUCAUCCUGAUAGUUCCGGUGCUGACUUACCUCUUCCUCACAAUACAGUCAUACUACAGGUCAGUCUCGGGUCAGGUGAGGAGGAUGGUUUCAGACUCUGCCUCCUCUCUCUCAUCCCUCCUUUCUGAGUCACACAGGGAUGAGGUCACCAGUGGUAGUCAUGACGACCCCUUGACCCGUUGCUAUGGUGCCCUCAACGAGCACCUGGUGUGUCGCUACAACUGCAUUUUAUUGGACAGGUGGGUAUCAGUGUGGUUGGAUGCCUUUGCAGGACUGGUUCUGUUCCUGGUCUCUGUGACUCUACUGGAUUCUGAAGUAGACCCCAGUACUGUAGGACUGGUCCUGACUUACACCCUCAGCCUGAGAGAGGUUCUUCAUCUCCUGGUCCAAGCAAGCUGUGGCGUAGAGAGCAGUGCUGGUGCCAUCCAGAAGAUGGACCAACAUGCACACAUGGAGAGAGAGCCCCCCUGGUCUGUGCCCUGUAGAGCACCCCCUAGCUGGCCAAAGGAGGGAGUGGUGGAGUUCAGGAGCUAUGAGACGGAGCUUAACCCAUCACCCGCUGAACUGUCUUUUUGCACCCGGACCAGAGAGAAGGUUGGUGUGGUGAGCAGAUCAGGAGCAGAGCUGGACGCCAUAACCAGUUCUCUUUUCCGAUUGGUGGAGGGCCGAAGGGGCGUGUUGAUGAUUGACGGGGUGGACAUCUCUAGUGUGGGACUCCAUGACCUUCGCAGCCGGUUGGCGGUCAUAGCUCGGGUUCCAACUCUGUUCUCCUGUUCACUGCGCUCCAACCUGGACCCCUGGGGUUGCCAUGGGGAUGCCCAGGUGUGGCAGGCACUGGAGAGGUGCCACCUGAAGGAAAGGGUCAGCUUGCUGCCAGGACAGCUCCACUACCCACUACAACACGGAGGGGCCGGGCUCAGCUCCAGUGAGAGGAGGCUGCUGUGUGUGUGUCGUGCCCUGUUGAAGGGCUGUGUUGUCCUGGUAGUGGAGGACCCUGUUCCCCCUGUAGACGUCCACACUGAGAGGCUGCUCCAGAGCAUCAUACACACACACUUCUCCCACUGCACCGGGCUGUAUCUAACACAGAACCCUGGGAACGUCACACACACUGACAGGGUGUUGGUGUUAGAUGGGGGACGUGUGGCUGAGUUUGACUGCGCCUCUGCUCUCCUCCAGAGGGGGGCACUGUUCUCCCAGCUGCUCUCUGAGACACAUAGAAACCAAGACACAGAAGAAAAGUGAAGAAUGAGGGUGGAAGUUGGUAUUAGGAACAGAACUAGGAUAAUUUUACCCAUGAUCAUAAUGAUGCUGGACUAGCUGUUUGAGUUUGCUCAGUUGUUUGAAGCAUUGGGUUUCAACACCAGAGUAAUAACACCAGAGUUGUGGGUUUCAACACCAAAGUAAUAACACCAGAGUAAUAACACCAGAAUAAUAACACCAGAGUUGUGGGUUUCAACACCAGAGUAAUAACACCAGAGUUGUGGGUUUCAACACCAGAAUAAUAACACCAGAGUUGUGGGUUUCAACACCAGAGUAAUAACACCAGAGUAAUAACAACAGAAUAAUAACACCAGAGUUGUGGAUUUCAACACCAGAGUAAUAACACCAGAAUAAUAACACCAGAGUUGUGGGUUUCAACACCAGAGUAAUAACACCAGAGUAAUAACACCAGAAUAAUAACACCAGAGUUGUGGGUUUCAACAUCAGAAUAAUAACACCAGAGUAAUAACACCAGAAUAAUAACACCAGAGUUGUGGGUUUCAACAUCAGAAUAAUAACACCAGAGUUGUGGGUUUCAACAUCAGAAUAAUAACACCAGAGUAAUAACACCAGAAUAAUAACACCAGAGUUGUGGGUUUCAACACCAGAAUAAUAACACCAGAGUUGUGGGACACUUUGGAUAAAAGCAUCUGCUAAAUGACCAUAUUAUUAUAUUACCAUGUGUUAAGUGCCCCUCGUAAGAGGAUCCUAAAGGGCAAUACAUUGUGAUGAGGUUACUCAUCCUCUACCAGCAGCGUCCAUCUUGGCUCAAUGGGGCUAUCUGGUUGCCGUGACUGUGAUGCUUUUGCAAUAUGGUCAAUGUGAAACUGAGUUAUAGAGGAACCGCAUGGACUGUGGCCAGGGCUUUAAGUGUACUCAGACUAUGUGGUGAUACAGGAUCAAUACUAAAAGUACAACAAAUACAGCACAGUAAGCACAGCACUCAAUACAUACAGCAAGUUUAUCUUAAUGACUGACACCAGCACAACAAACUACUGCCUGGACUACAGACUCUCUCUCUGUGUCUCUCUCCCAUCCCCCUUCUCUUAAUUUAUCUUUUAUUUCUCUCUCUCUCUCUCUCCCUCCCAACUGCCCUUCUCUUAAUUUCUUUCAUUUCUCUCUCUCUCUCUCUCUCCCAACUGCCCUUCUCUUAAUUUCUUUCAUUUCUCUCUCUCUCUCUCUCUCUCUCUCUCUCACCCUUCUCUUAAUUUAUCUUUUAUUUCUCUCUGUGUCUCCCUCCCAUCCCCCUUCUCUUAAUUUAUCUUUUAUCUCUCUCUCUCUCUCUCCCUCCCAACUGCCCUUCUCUUAAUUUCUUUCAUUUCUCUCUCUCUCUCUCUCUCUCUCUCACCCUUCUCUUAAUUUAUAUUUUAUUUCUCUCUGUGUGUCUCCCUCCCAUCCCCCUUCUCUUAAUUUAUCUUUCAUUUCUCUCUCUCUCUCCCUUCUCUUAAUUUGUUUGAUCUCUUGCUCUCUCGCUCCCAGUUAGGCAUAAAUCUGUUCUGAUUGAAGAGGGCUUUUAUUGACCAGGAUUAUCCGUCCAGCUCUGUAUCUACUGUUACGGGUACAUUCAGGCUUGGCCAGUACUGUUUAUACAAAAUCUGUACAAUGUAUACAAAAUGCAUUGUGUCCUUUUGAACUCAUUCUGACGAUGCAUGAUCAAUUGUAACUGAUCAUCGCUGUGUGUGUAUGUGUGUGUGUGUUUCUAAUGAACAUCAAAUGUUUGAAGGUUCUAUUUUCUUAAUUCUACCCUGAGCUUUAAAAUGCAGUGAUUACUCGUAUCUAUAAUUACCAGAACCUCCGAGUGUGUGUGCUCUUGUUGAAGCACAGGACUGAUAAGUUUAAUUGGCAGGCUAAUCACUUUAACAAAGUACGACUAAUAGCUGACUGGGGUAACCCACACACACUCUUCAGUGUGUGCGUGCGUGUCAUGUCACAUCAUCGAAAAUGCACAAUUAAAAACCGACGUCAAUGAA